AUACUUGCGUCUAGUCCGAGAGCGAUAUCCACUACGCCACUUCCGCUAACUCGCUGCUUGAGCAAAAUGGACGCCUUUGUGUCUGUUUUCUUCGUAUUCCCACUAUAAGUACGGUUUACGGGGCGACGUAGCGUCUAGGACGCGGUGAUGUUUGCGCGACGCCGCGGUAAACGUGCGUGAGGGCAGUGUCGUGAUCACCAAUCGUGCUCGAGGCCCAUCGUGAUCGACGUGGAAACGCGUCCAACCAAGUAGGCCACUGAGUAGUCAUCCCGUGGAUGACAAUUGAGCGAGCAUCGCCCGGACGACGGUGUACCCGCGGUGAGUUUCGCGACGGGGAGCCGUUGCGCCAGACAUCACGCUAUCCUUGACGACCUGCCGGCAGAGACGAGCGACGCGGGGCCACGAAACGCGUCCGGGCCUCCCGCCAAAACGCCAACCGCGGACGAAGCAAGCAACGGAACGGCGGUCGGACAACGUAAAUAGUACGGUGUUCGGCGUUUGUGGUCCGGAGAAGUAUCUCACGAGCAUCCCCUCUCCUUCGCGCUGCAGCUGCACCUGGUCUCCACGACGAUACAGUGUCGCGCGACGUACAAUGUUGAGUGGUUGACGUUAAUGCAAAGAAGGAAGACAAAGUGUUAAUAAACAUGGAUCGUUUAUUGGAGGACCCAAGAGCUUCAUCGAAAUUUGGUUGAAACUUUUAUGGUGCAACAUGGGAACUUAAAAAGGACUUCGUUAAGUUCCUAAUAUUUGCCAUAGUGUUAGUGUUCUUCAAAGAGGAAUAGAGACUAUUCCAUUCAAUGGUGAAAUAUUUGUGUUGAUAUGUUCUGAGAGAUGCAUAGUGCCAAAAUUUUAACGAUGAUUUAUUUAGACAUUUGUGUAGUCAGUGCAUUAAGACAUAUUCUGUUGAUUUAUAUUUACUGCAUAUCAUGAACAAAUACUUGUAACAUGUUUGUGCAGUGCUCAGCUCAUCGUACUAUCCCACGAACCCUAGGCGACGCUUAGCAACACUGACAUUGAUUUUGUUUCUUCUUCUUUUGUCCAGGCUGUAAUGCCAGAACAAAUCAAAUUCAAAAUGAAUGGGGUUGUACCGAGUGUGCCAAUAACUACCCUCGCUGGUAUUGCAAGUCUUACGGACUUGUUGCCUGAAAUGCCCCUACCGACUCCGCUGCCACAGACUUUGACUAACAAGUCCCUGCUGUUUCAUCCACGAGUGGCCGAGGAGGCACAGAUAUUGCUGAGUGUCCGCGAUGAGAAUCUCGUGCCACAGUUGAUACUGUCUCUGUCGCAGACCUCAGCUGAUCACAUCGAACUUAAGGACAAUUACGCAAAUACAGAGCAAUCGCUAGAGACUGAGCAGAACAUGCCUGAGCUGCUUAAAGCGAUUUUACAGAUAAAUCCACAUGUAUUCAAGGGACCUCAGCACAACUCUCCCAGAAAUUGGACGCAAAGUACGCCUAUGCUGCAUGCGAAUCAAUCGCCGGCAAACUAUGGCCGCUUCUCGCCGUCCUACUCGAGCUCUUCGGGGUCCAGGCAAACGCCUCAAGGUAGUCCGGCUCAUUCUGCGUCCGCCAGAACUGUACUUCCGCCGCCGAUGGCAGCCAGCGGUAUCUCUCACGCGCAACAUCCGCGAAUGCCAAUCACGCCGCAGAAUCACGCGGACAUUUCGCAGAUGUCCCCAUUCGCCGUGCCUUCUCCGUCGCCCAGAGGAAAUGUGAUGACCGAACAAACGAGAACGCUAACAACACCCCAGCAUAUGCAAGAGGAUACGAACUGUAUAAAUCCCUUAUCCAACGUAGCCCUUCAGCCGAACAUGUACUCGCCGGCCCACAUAAGUCCUCCCAAUGCGCCAUUGACGUCACUCGGGAACGCAACACCUCAGCACCAUAAUAUGGCUGGUAUGACGCCGCAGCACAACAUGCACAUGGCAUCACCUAUACGCACCAACAUGCCUCUACAGCAACAUCCGACCAUGGGCGUACAGCAGAAUCUUUAUGAUCCCAUGAUGAAUCAGCAAAUGCAGCACGCAUUGAGCAGUGGUCAGCCGCUGGACAUCAACAGCGCGGUGCAAGAGAAUCAGCAGUUCCUUCUCGAUCCAGUGACUGGUCUUCCCGAUAUCGACUUGCCGAUAGAAAAUAUCGAUGCGAGGCAAAACGUUGAUCAUCAUACGGUACAACACUUACUGCCGACUCCCCCAACCACGUCUUAUCCGAAUAUCCAUGCCACUGACAUGGUUAAUGCUUUGGAUCCCGCAGCCAAUGGGUCCUCCAGCAUGCAGCAUCAGCAGAAUAAUAAUUCGGAAAGAAGCAUGAAGCUGCCGGGCUCGUUGACAGAAAAACUGAAGGAACCGGUAGUGAUGUUGAACAGAAUAUCGUUGGCUGAUCAGGCGCUCAUGCAGAAGAGCUUGGCGGCGUUUGCAGAGAAGUCACCGAGUCGCGCGGCAAAGAUGGGGAUUUCCAACCGUGACGACGCGAAGACUGAUUCGGAGAGUGAGGAGGAAAUAGGUAAGAACAACAAGUAUUUCAAAGCGCGCGCCAAGGAACGGCAGGUGCAACGGGAGAAAGAAAGGGCAGAACGGAGAAAGAGCGAAGAUAAGCGGAGGCGGAAAAGGAUAACCGACGACGACGAAGAAGACGAUAAGCGGGACGCAGCGUUCUCGCCUAUGAAACCAAAAAUACGAAAGAUCGAGAAGAAGCUGGUGCCUGUAUUAGCAAAAUUGAGCGUGGAAGAGCUGAUGGAGACCAACAUGUACCAGCGAUUUAAUUCCACUAUAGAAACCAUCUUUGAGAACACCGAGGAUGCUAUGGCGAACGCCGAUCUGGAGGAUGACGGUGACGUGCCUCCGGAAAUGCUUAUUCCUAAGUACCAACUGCAUGACCUUUGCACGGAAGCGGCUAAACUCAAGACUCAAGGCGCCAUGGAAUCCAUACCUACGGAUAAGCUGGUGAGACUGUUGAAUAUUUUGGAGAAAAACAUACGGGACGGCGCGAGAGUGUCGCCGCUCGUGGAUCCGGAUGACGACGUCGAGGAAGGACGAUUAUGGAUGCAAUUGGCCAUGGAACGAGUACAACGUGCCGUGGAUGCGUCACUAAUCGCGCUACAUAUUAUGACUUCUAGCAAUAUGCCGAAAACGGUUUACUUGGAGGACGUAAUCGACCGAAUAGUCCUUUUUAUGAAAUUUCAGUUGCAGAACACGAUCUAUCCCUCCUUUGAUCCCGUCUACAAGACAGAUACGAAAAACAAGACUGAAAAUUAUAAUUCUAGCGGGCGCAAAAAACGUGGCCACAUGAAGGAAGUACGUGAGAAGAGUAUUCUGCAGGUCUACAACAAGAUGCAUGAGCUAGUGAGUCUUUUGGCUGAGCUGUUGAAUAUACAGGUUCUAACUGACACAAGUGUUCUUCACGCGUCAUCGUUGGGCGUUGCGCCGUUUUUUGUCGAGUCGGUGAGCGACCUUCAGUUGAGUGCGUUGAAACUUGUCACCAUAAUAUUCACCAAGUAUGAGAAGCACAGAAGGUUGCUGUUGGACGACAUACUGGCGUCUAUAGCGAGACUACCUAGUAGCAAAAGAAGCUUACGUACGUACAGGCUGAAUUCUGAAGAUCACAUACAGAUGCUGACCGCGUUAGUCUUGCAGCUCAUCCAAUGUGUGGUGGUGCUGUCGGACAACGCUCUACCAUAUUCCAAAUCUUCGAAGGAGGACGAGAAGGAGGAGAAGAAAGACGAGAAGCGAUCCAGUCACGUAGACGCCGACGUGUUUAUUAUCAACAGAUACGAGACCGCCACGAGAAUUGCAGGGAAUUUUUUAACGGUGUUCCUCAACAAAUGCGGCAGUAAAGGUGAAGAAAUCGAUUAUAGGCCGUUAUUUGAAAAUUUUGUGCAAGACUUACUGGCGACGGUGAACAAACCUGAGUGGCCCGCUGCCGAGUUGCUCCUCAGUCUUCUUGGUAACCUGUUAGUGGGACAUUUCUCCAACAAAGGUUCCGACAUGUCAUUGCGAGUGGCUUCCAUCGAUUAUCUCGGUGUGGUAGCAGCUAGAUUGCGCAAGGAUGCGGUCAGUUCGCAAUGCAAACUAUCGACUAUCGACCAGAUCAUAAAAGAUAUUAAACUCGAACAGCAGAAAGACUCGGAUUACGAUCAGAUAAAAGAUAAGGACAUCGUGGGAUUGAAUGAGGACGAGGAAAGGACGGUAUUCCUGCAGAAAGUGCUUCUCGAUUAUCUGGCUGUCAACGGGACGAAAGAUUCCGCUCUCGGAUACGCACGUCACUUUUAUCUGGCGCAAUGGUAUCGGGACUGUGCGAUGGAGAAGUCGCGAGUAGGCCAAUCGAAGAACAGUCCGAGCAAAAAGAUGCACAAGAAACGGACAAAGAAGAAGAAUCGACAUCACAAUAGCGAUCAAGAGACCGAAUCCGAAUUGGACGAACAGGACCCGGACGAGAAUGACAAUAACGAGCAAAAGAAUUCGGAGGCUUACAGGAUUAUUGAGGAGAAGAAGAAGUACAUUAUCAGUAGAAUAAGGCCAUGCAGUACUGGAACGAAGCUGGACAUUCUUCAGACAUAUAUCGAUUACAAUUCCGCUGAGCUGAUCUCGCAGUAUCUCGCGUCCAAAAGACCGUUCUCGCAGAGCUUUGACAGAUAUCUCAAGCAAAUCCUCCAUGUGCUGACAGAAUCCUCGAUUGCUAUUCGAACCAAGGCUAUGAAGUGCCUGACGAUGAUCGUCGAAGCUGACCCGAGCGUGUUAGCCAGGGUGGAUAUGCAGCUGGGCGUGAAGCACUCGUUUCUCGACCACUCUACGUCUGUGCGAGAAGCAGCGGUUGACUUAGUAGGCAAAUUUGUCUUAAGCAGGCCCGAGCUGAUUGAUAAAUAUUACGAUAUGCUAUCGGCUAGGAUCUUGGACACCGGCGUGAGCGUGCGUAAACGCGUUAUUAAAAUUCUCAAGGAUAUCUGCAUGGAAUGUCCUGAUUUCCCGAAGAUCCCAGAGAUAUGCGUGAAGAUGAUAAGAAGAGUGAACGACGAAGAGGGUAUCCGCAAGCUCGUCAUGGAGGUAUUCCAAAACAUGUGGUUCACUCCGGUGAGGGAGCGUCCAACUCUCGACUCUGAAUCUUUGUUACGAAAGGUCAUGAAUAUCACAGACGUCGUAGCAGCUAGUAAAGAUAUGGGACUCGAGUGGUUCGAGCAGCUGUUGGUAAGUCUGUUCAAGCCGAAGGAAGAUAAGGACGACAGUACGAAAAUGCAAACAGAGCCGCCUCGGGCUUUGCUGACGGCUUGUAAGCAGAUCGUGGAUUGUUUGAUCGAGAAUGUGCUGCGAUUAGAGGAGACGAAUUUGGAAGAUACCGAAAAAUCGAAGAGAAAGGGCUCAUCGCAGAGAUUAGUCGCCUGCUUGACGACACUUUAUCUUUUCGCGAAGAUCCGACCGCGGCUGUUGGUCAAUCAUGCCAUCACCUUGCAACCUUACCUGAGUCUGAAGUGUCAAACACAGGGCGAUUACCAAAUCAUCAGCAGCGUCGCUCACACGCUCGAAUUAGUGGUGCCUCUGAUGGAACAUCCUAGCGAAACUUUUUUAGCGCAGUUGGAGGAGGAUUCCGUGAAACUGAUCUUGCAACACGACAGAUCAGUGGUUGCGAGUUGCCUGUCGUGCUUAGGCUCCAUAGUCAAUAAUGUAACGCGCAACUUCAAGUUAAUACGAGACUGCUUCAAGAAAUAUUACGGACAUUUGACGGAGUACAAAUCGUUCUACGAGAGGGAUCCCACGAAUCCCAUGCUGCUGAAGUACAGACCAUUCUUCCGGAGGGCAUUGUUUACGGUCGGUUUACUGCUACGUCACUUUAAUUUUAUGGAUCCGGAGGUGAUAGAAGGUCUGGCGGACAACAUCAAGGAUCAGGUCUUUGAGACGCUCAACUACUUCGUUCAUCUAGACAACGACGACAUCCGGCACUUCACGCUGUCAGCCAUCGGUUCCCUUUGCAUACGGCACUAUGAGUUCAUGAUGCUGCCGGAACUGAAAGAGCUCUAUCAUCAUUUGCUCACGUCGGAGCACGCGUUGGUGCACAUGCGGAUCCAGGUGCUAAAUAAUAUUGAAGUGUAUUUGCAGGAGGAAGAAAAACGAAUGAUCAAACAGGACCUCGAAUGGGCGAAGCUGUCGAAGCAGGAGAACCUGAAGGAGAUGGGCGACGUGUCGUCGGGAAUGGCGAGCACCGUUAUCCAGCUUUACAUCAAGGAGAUUCUCGAGUCCUUUCUGCACGUCAACAUAAGCGUGCGACACGCGGCUCUGAAGGUUAUCCAGCUGAUCCUGGCGCAGGGCCUAGUGCAUCCCGUCCAGAUAGUGCCGUAUUUGAUUUGCAUGAGCACCGACUGCGAGAAAGUGGUCAGUCACAGCGCGGACAAGCAACUGCAGGACAUCGAGAAGAAAUAUCCCGGUUUCAUCCACAUGAAAUCGCAGUUCGGCAUCAAGCUGAGUUACCGACUACAGAAGAUUCUACAAAACGACAUUACGGUGAGAGGUAUGCGGGUCAAGGAAGGUGAGUUUCCGGGUGCUCUUAACGGCUUCCUUUACACGAUACUACGUAACACGAAACAGCAGAGGCGUGCGAUCGUGCUGUCCUUUCUCAAGCAUUUUGACGAGACCGCUAAGACCAGUUUGUCGCAGAUGCUGUAUCUGGCAGACAAUCUCGCCUACUUUACAUAUCAGGUGCAAGACGAGCCACUGUUUAUUAUCCACCACAUCGACAUCAUCAUUUCCAUGUCCGGCACGAACCUACUGCAGUCCUUCAAAGAAGCGCUGCUGCCUAAGGAAGGCAGCGCACCGUCGACACAAGCGCAAAGUGCGCUCACGCAGACAGUGAUUCUGGGAACGGACGGUCAACCGCGACCGGACCAGUUGUUGUCACUGGAAGAUGAGGAGGAUGACGAGGAGGAUGAGGAAGCUCUUUUGGCCAGGUUACCAGGUGAUACUACUCUGCUCAGGGAGUACAUCACCGCAAGUCAAGGCUUCCUGCUUCUAUUGACAUUGCGGCAACAUCUCAAAGAUCUCUACGGCUUUUCCGACGCAAAGAUCGGUCAAUAUUCGCCUUCGGAGGCGGCCAAGGUGUACGAGAAGACGGUAAAUCGCAAGAAUAAUCUGCAGUUUGAGCCUAAAGCUACGCUUCAGAGGUUACGUGAAGGCGUAACCAACGAAGAGCUGGAUGCGAACGGCAGAAAAAAGCUCGUGAAGGAGUAUCUGGACUUUAAGCAACUGAUGCUUAAGUUCGACCCCGAGGAGCCGGAGGACGACGGUUGCACCGGCAACGACACUACCGCAGACACUAGCGGCGGCAAGCAGACCGGCGAGAACUCGCAUACGACGCAGAGGAUACCGUCGCAUCCCGCGAACGACGCCGGUAGGACGAUAGCGGACACCAGUGUCGUGAGUGACAAUGUUCUAGCUAAUGUCGCCGGCCAGCAGUUUCAGCUGCUACCUGCGCCGCCGCAAUCGAAUUUGAACUCUGUUCCGAUGGAGCAUCCGAAUAACUCGGUAAAUUCGCUGCCGAUGGCGGCAGCGUCGCUGACUACGUCGGCGACGACACCGCGAGUCCCUAAACUGACGAUACACGCCCAUCCGGACGCGAGGGAGCAUCGCAAACACCGCGCGCACAAGACAGACAAAGUGAGGAAGCACAAGAAGAAGAAGAGGAGAAGAAUCUCCGAUAGUAGCGACAGUGGCGAGGACUAUAGUGACCCUGACUUCCUAGUGUGAGUGCGGUGGUACAUCUCGACCUGUGUGUACAUAUAUAUACGUCAUGCUCAUAUGGUGCGUAUGUGUGUAUGCCUGCGUGCGUAUGUGUGUAUAUGCGUGCGUGCAUGCAUGUGGUCGGUGUGGUCGGCCGGGUGUGAAUUGAACAUUGAAGAGAGACGACACUUAGCUAGAACGCUGUUGCAGUGGAGUGCGAUGGUCCCUUUGUCUCCCUUAUUCCCCGAAAUGACCCCGAGCCCCAUCGAAGUUGUGCUACGAUUUUGAAGACGAUGUCAAGAAUGUUUCGGUUCGGAGACGUCGUUCAGGGAACUGCAGUGAUGUAGGGAUGCGUGCGAGUGAGAGAAAGAGAGGAGGAGAUCCUCGAUCGGAAGGAUAGUCAGAGAUUUUUAAACGCGAUCCUACGCUGAGUUAGGGAUAUAACGUUGUUGUGGCCGAAACGGCGGGCGUCCGUGAGGUUUAUAGAUCCGCUGUGCCGUUGUUAUCGAGAUCGGCUCGUAAAAUAUUUCGUGUGACCGACGCGGAACUUGGUUCGUUUUCGGAUUAGCUUCUUCCGCUCAGGGAAGCUGCAGUUUCUUGGAUCACUUCCAGCUGCUGCAGUUUGCACGAUUCCGUCAGAACGGAGAGACGGCCGAAGAAGCUUUGGGGUCGUGAAGUCGUGUCCGAGAAGACAUCGCGAACCAAGUUCUGCGUAAGAACUCAAGUACAAUAAAUUACGUUCGAACAAAAUUCAUUUGUAAAUAAUAUCAUAUAGCGAUGGCGACGUCGUACGGUUGUUGGUUAGCUUCUGUUCGCGGUGAAAGAAAUUUGUGCGAAGAGAGAGAGAGAGAGAGAGAGAGAGAGAGGAGAGAGAGAGAGAGAGAGAGGAG